GCAGCCUGCGCAUGCGCGCCGGCGACCACGCCUAAAUAGCCGCAGCCUCUGCGCGUCGCCCUCCACGGUUAUCCCGACUCUCCGCCCCUCCUUCUCGCGGCGCUCGAGGGACCAUGGCCGAUCCUCGCGUGAGACAGAUCAAGAUCAAGACCGGCGUGGUGAAGCGAUCCCGCUAUCUGUCCUGUGAUGCCAUACUAGAGUUGGUCAAAGAAAAAGUGAUGUAUGAAAAAGAGGCAAAACAACAAGAAGAAAAGAUUGAAAAAAUGAGAGCUGAAGAUGGUGAAAAUUAUGACAUUAAAAAGCAGGCAGAGAUCCUACAAGAAUCCCGGAUGAUGAUCCCAGAUUGCCAGCGCAGGUUGGAAGCCGCAUAUUUGGAUCUUCAACGGAUACUAGAAAAUGAAAAAGACUUGGAAGAAGCUGAGGAAUAUAAAGAAGCACGUUUAGUACUGGAUUCCGUGAAGUUAGAAGCCUGAAACUUUUCUCGUAUGGGGUGGUUUUUGCAUUAAAUCCUGGGGUCCAUUUUACAAUCCAUUAUUUUUGACCACUGCUAUGUGUUCAAGUAGUAUGAGAAUGUGAUUGUUUUUAUCUGGUUACAUAUAUAUUUCUUUGUCUAAUUUAAUAUGUCAAAUAAAUGAGUUCAUCUAAUAAAAUUGUUUAUUUUAUACUUUACAAAA